UCAUCCCGCCGCCUCCGCCUCCCCCUCAGCUCGCCAUGGCCGCCUGCGCCGUGGAGGCGGCCGCUCCCCGCCACGCCGCCGCGCGGCAGGCCCGCAAGAGGACGCGCGUCGUCGCCAUGGGCACCACCGACGACUACGAGGGGGCCUGCUGCCUCGGCGAAGGGGCCUUCGGCGCCGUCGUCAUGGCGCGCCACCGCGGCACGGGCCGGGCCGUCGCCAUGAAGUACCUCCGCGAGCCCGGCGGCGGCGGCGGCCACGCGGCGCUGCUGCAGGAGGCGUGCUUCCUCGAGGCGUGCGCCGGGAACCCGUUCGUCGUCGGCUUCCACGGCCUCGCCCGCGACCCGGCCACCGCGGAGCUCUGCCUCGUCAUGGACUGCGCCGGCCAGAGCCUCCACGACGCCCUGCUCGGCCAGCGGCACCCGCUGCCCGAGGACACGGUGCGCGCCGCCAUGUGGCAGCUGCUGACGGGCGCCAAGCGGAUGCACGGCGGCCACAUCAUCCACCGGGACAUCAAGCCCGCGAACAUCCUCGUCGGCGGCGACCAGAUCGUCAGGUUCUGCGACCUCGGGCUCGCCGUGUGCAUGGCCGAGCCGCCGCCGUACAAGGCGGCCGGCACCAUGUGGUACAUGGCGCCCGAGAUGCUUCUGGGGAAGCCCGACUACGACGCGCUCGUCGACGUCUGGUCCCUCGGCUGUGUCAUGGCGGAGCUCAUCGGCGGGGAUGCUCUGUUCCAGGGCAUCGACUACGAAGACCAGCUCUGCGAGAUCUUCGGCGUGCUCGGCGUGCCGGAUGACGCGACGUGGCCGUGGUUCUCGGCCACGGCGUUCGCCGCCGGGAUGCCGGAGCUGGAGAAGCAGCGCCGGCGGUGCAAGGGCAGCGUCCUGCGCUGCGUGUUUCCCGAGUCGAAGCUGUCCGAGGAAGGAUUCGACCUCCUCAGUGGCCUCCUCACGUGCAACCCCGACAAGCGGCUCACGGCAGCCGCCGCACUCAGGCAUCCGUGGUUCUCCAAGAUCCAAUCACAGGAGGUGCCGAAGAAAGAAGAAGCAGUGUCGCCGUUGCCCAAGAGACCCAGGCGGCAUGCUGUGUGCGCGACUUAGAUUUUUUUCGAUCGUUUCACUAUGCAUGUGAAGUUAGUAAGUAGUAUGUUCUUCAGAACGGAUCUUUGUGAUGGCUGCUGUAGUGUUGUCAGUACACAAUACUGUGAUGUAAAUUGCAUUAUUUGAACUGAAUCCUUUUCUGGUGUUUUGGAAUGAA